AUGUUCAAUAUGGCUGAUGAUUCCUCGAAGACUGAUGAAGAACCACAUGAGAGACCACAAGCCAAAUGCAGGGAUUGUCCGGAGCUUUCAAAACUGGGACGACUGCAAAGCAGCAAAUGGAGGGGAAACUCGAACUUUCUUGGUUGCCUCAAAAUAUACAUGGGUGCUGAUGAUGAGAGUCCGCUGAAGAAGGCUGCAGGGGAAUACGCGACAGAGCACAUCUCUGUUGCGUACAAUAAGGGUUUUUCCCUACCGGAGAGGUGUACCUGGAAUAGCAGGGAAUGUAUUGAACCAGGGAAAUGGGGAGAAGGUCCGGCUGUUUCCAAGGUGUUCGAGAGACUUGAAGAAGCCCUCAAAGACAAGCCAUCCCUCACAGUCGCUGACUUUGCCUUCAUGGACAAUUUCCUAGCAGGUAUCAAGAAAGAGCGUAGAGAUGAAUUUUCGGAUUUGCAGAAUUCUAUCCACUGCAGAGAUUGCAUCUCACAAAUCCUCACCUCGGAGGAUAUCAAUGACCAAGAGAGUUUUAGGAAAUUCUUGGACAGAAGUGGGAUAGCAUUUGAAAAACUAUGGGACAAUAACUCCAAGUCCUCUGUCAUGAAGACCUUCAAGGACGUAUUCGACCUUUGCGUUUGUGCUGCUUCGGUCGUGGACCUGCCACGACAUUCCACUCACGCGCUCAUCAGUAGCCAUGAACAGUCGGAGAAGUUGCUAAUCCUUCUUACUCCUCAACAAAGACAAUUGGUGAAGAGUGAUUCGGAGGUUCUUCUCAUGAGCGGAGCGGUGGGGACAGGGAAAACGGUUGUGCUUAAGAAAAGAGCUGAAGAGCUAGCAAAAAAUGGCGAAGUGCUCCUCAUUAACCUCGCUGGAGGACUCUUGACCUGCGACUUCCGAAGUCAUUUCGCUGAAAUGGCGAAAGUCAAAGUAAUUGAUGGAAGAGAAGAGGGAUUGCAGGGGGAUCUAGAAGCCUUGAAGAAAUUCCUUUCUGAGAGAGGGAAAGGAAAGCACGUCCUUCUCGAUGAAGUUCCCAUCACACUAGGAUUCCAGAGCAGCAUCACCGUAGACACUAUUUCCAAUCAAUGGGGAUGGAUUGAGGAUGCAAAGAGUUUCGUGAAGUCGAUCACGGUCUCCUUCAGAUCUAAUGACCCGUCUGAUGUGAAUGAUUAUCUAUGUCGGGAUGUGAAACUUGGACAACAAGACCUCACCAUAUUGAACAUUGUGAAGAGGAAUAAGAAACAUAUAUCCGAAUUGAUUGCGGGCAUCAGGAAUUUCCCAAAGAACAUUUCCCCAUUACAUGAGGGGUCUCGCGUGAAGGAAGUUGAGAAAUCGAGAGAAGCUGGGCUCCCAAGUUUGUUUCCGAUUCCUUCUUGUCAAGCCCUUCAUUUUGAAUGCAGGGACAAUGCGAUCUGCGAGGCUAUUAGGGCUUCGAGCUCCAUUCACAUAAUAUAUGAGAAACAGUCUGAGUCAUCAAAGAGGAUGCCACUUUUCGUCGUCGUUGAUGAUAAGAAGAAAAGGAAUGCCCUUGUGAACAUCUUCACAUCCUUUUAUUCCGAUGUCCCUGUUCUUUUCCUGCACUCGAUUGAGUCGAAGGAUACCAAUUAUUUAGAUGUUACCACUGAACCUGAUGACUUCGGUGGUACAAAUGACAAAUUCUAUGAUGCACUGGACUACUUCUAUGAUGCAAAUGGUGACUUCGAUGUCACACAUGAUUUGGAUGAUUCUGACAGAGCAGAAUUCCUUGGAAAUCUUGUUUCUGAAAAAUCAUUUCCGAUUGUCUUCGUAACCGAGGAAGAAUUGAUGGGAUGUCACCCGAAGAACCUCACGGUUGUUGUGGAUUUUCCGCAUUCGCAUUGGAAGAACUACGAAAGAAUGACAGCAACAGCUAGUGAUAGCAUGAUUAUAUUGGUCGAGAAAGAAAAUCAACAUAACGGACAAUACUAUCAUGGCCAGAAAGAGAUGGAUGGAAUAAUGAUAACGGCGGAUAAAAUCAAUGAAGCAAAUCUCAAUAUGAGAUUGGGAAAGGCAUUGGAAACGUACGAAGGAGGGGAAAUUAAUGACUUGAAGAAGGUCUUCAUUCCAGCACCAUUUCCUUUGAUGAUUGGAGAUGAAUUGGGUGGUUGGGAAGGAGGGGAAGAAGAGGACGUGGAGAAGAUUCUGGUUUCUCGCAUUAGUGGAAUAUUUGGUGAGCCGGCCUCGGGAAAAUCCAGGAGAGUGGAUAUGCUGAUACGACAAGUUACGGGGCUGGGAGAGAGUGUCCUCCUUCUCCAUCCUGGAUGUAAAUUGUCUUUAGAAGCCUACCGACGGCGCUGGGAGGAUUCGGCUUCUGUGAACAUCCGAUGCUUUGAAUCGAGGAAGAUCAAGUCCCUCCAGGACAUCUUCGACCUUGUGAAGAGAGUGAAAAACACUCUGAAGAAGGAAGACAGUGAAGACAACCAAAAACCAGAGUUCCAGGUUGUCGUGGUCGAGGACUGUCCCUUGCGCAUCGAAUUCGGGGGCACCUUGCAAGAAUGCGAGAGUAUGAGGCUCAUUCUCGCAUUCGAACCUCACUCAGGGGACGCUCCAACGGAGACAAUGGAGAGAGCGAAAGCAUUCCUAGAACAAAACCCACGUCAAUGCUCUGCAAUUGUGCCAACCUGGAAUGACACGGCGGAGAGAAUUGGAAAGGAGGCAGUAAUGAGCCUCCUCGACAAAGACAGUGGUGCUAUCCUCUCGCUCCCGCCAGAGGCGUGGGAAGAACUCAAUAUCAUUGCUCCUCUGCCUUCACUCUCGUCCCCUUUCUUCGAGUGGGCAUACGCUUGGAAUGCACAGAAUCGCUCCAACAAAUUUCGAGCUCCAUCUCCCCGCGGUUGCGGAGAACACUGA